AUGUCUAACUGGAACGCGACCAUCAUCGGACCAGGACACUCGGUCUAUCAGAACCGCAUUUAUUCGCUCAGCAUCCACUGCGGUCAAAGUUACCCAGACAGGCCACCCGAGGUGAAAUUCCUCACCAAGAUCAACCUUCCUUGCGUCAAAGCAGACGGCAGCAUCGACUACAACGCCUUGCCCAUCUUUUCCCACUGGUCGCGAGACAGCACACUCGAAACGAUCCUCUUGUCUCUGCGAAGUUCACAGACAACUGACGCUACCUCCUUUCGCCUAUCCCACUACUACAGAGAGAUGGCUUCGCCCGCUAACCGAAAGCUCCCACAGCCCGCAGAAGGCGCAUCAUACUAG